UCUAUUGUCAAGAAUUCUUUCACUUUGUAGCUUGGCAACAUCUAUCACAAUCCUCACCACUGCUUCCUCUGAUAUGACUGUUUCUUCCUUAUUUCACAAAGAUGUUGAAGUCAAAUUUGGCUUUUCUGAUUUCUAUGCUUAUCGUUACAUGCUUGCUUGUGCUGCUGCUGGAUUUGUGUAUUCUCUCCUACAAACAGCAUUUGCAAUAAUCCAAGUGAAGACUGGAGAUUGCGUCUGUGAUAAACUCAUUCACUUUGACGUAUAUGCUGAUAAGAUAAUGUCGAUGAUAGUGGGUACGGGUGCAGCCGCAGGGUUUGGUUUAACGGUGGAUUUGAAUUAUUUGCCUAAUCGUGCAAUGAUCACCGUUGAUUUUCUAAACAAAGAAAACGUAGCUGCUAGCUUUUGUCUCGGUGGAUUUGUAUGCACAAUGAUUUCAUCGUUUAUAUCGUUAAAAAUCUUUAAGGAUGAUUACUUGUAUGAAUGCUAGUUAAUUAGCUAGUUAAAUUAAAAAUACGGUCAUUAAAUUUCCUCCUUUUGUUUUAAUUUCUUUUGUCGGCCUUCUUAGAUUUUGUAUAACAUCUUCGUGGGAAGAGUAAUUAAUCUUAAUUUAUUUUGUU